AUGGCAUCCUCGUCCUUCAGAGAUUCUAUGAACUCCCUAGGCUGGUCCCGCCGCGAGUCGGACCUCCCCGUCAACACCUCUCAGCAGACCGGUCUCUUAUCGUCGAUCAAGUCUUUGAAUCCUUUUGGAGACAGUGGUUAUGUCAGACUUCCAACCGUUGAAGGACCUGGAGCGCCACUCCCUGCUCGAAAUAGACGAGAAGAAGAUGAGGCAUGGUUUGCUCUGAGUCGAUGGGAUCGACUUCUGAUAUUUGCGGGGUGCAACAUUGGCGCCCUCGCCUGCUUCGUCCUAGUCUUUGCGUUGUGGCCAAUAAUGAUGGCCAAGCCCCGGAAGUUCGCUCUUCUAUGGUCUUUAGGGUCAGCCUUGUUUCUUGCUUCAUGGGCAGCCAUGAUGGGACCCUGGACAUACGCCUCGCACCUGAUGUCCUCACAACGAUUACCAUUUACCGCAGCCUACUUCGGAUCAAUAGCACUUACGCUAUAUUUCAGUCUCGGUCUUCAAAGUACUAUCUUGACUUUGAUAUCGGCUCUCAUACAACUAGCAUGCCUUAUUUGGUACCUUGUCAGCUAUUUUCCCAUGGGCUCAAGCGGAUUACGACUCGCUACGAGUUUUGGUGCUCAAAGAGCCGCAGCCUGGAUGACCGGUUAA